AGGCCACGACCGAGGCCGCCCAAGUCACCAGCACAAGUUGCCAAGAUCCGAGUCCAGAACAGGCGACGAGAGUACCUGGUGCAGAAUCCAAGAUACUUUUCCAACUCUGAGCACGAGUUCGCAGAUCCAGACCUCUACGACAAACUCAUGCGGCACUUUCAAACCCCCGCAGAGCGUGAAGCCGAAGGCCGCACCAAGGGCUGGGGCAAGACGCUCGAGUCCUCCCUGCUGCGCGGCGAAGCGCGCCUCGAAAGGGUCGCCUCAUCGUACACGGGCGACGUGGUCCCUCGCGCACCAUCGAACGGAGCCGCUGGGACCAGCAACUUCGACAUCGACUCGGCUCUUGCCGAGAAGCCGGCGAGCAGGGAGGAGGGCCGCGCGGCUUGGGAGGAGUUUCUGCGGGAGAGGUUCGUCGCGGGCGGGGACGAGGAGUUUGACUAUGACGGGGUCGACGGGGAUGACGAGCUGGAUUCGAUGGAGGAUAGGGAUCGGGAGGAGGCGUAUUUUGAUGAGGAAGAGCCGGCGUGGGCAGAUGAUAGCGAGGAGGACGAGGAUGGUGAGGGACGGCCGAAGAGGGAGAGGUUACUGCUGGGAGAGACUGGCAUACAGGACUAUUGA